CCGCCUCCUUGCUCUCUUCCUCUCCUUCGUUCUUCUCUCACCCCUCUCUGUUCUUUGAGCUUAAUUCAAAUUCGAUUGAAUCUCACAAGAUUUCAACGUUUCUCUGAAGAACAAGAAAAUGGCAGAAUCAACCCAAAAAUCAGAGAAACAAAACCCAGUUAAUGUUAUAAACAAUAAUAAUGGUGUUGUCAAUAACAAGAAGAAACGCAAAGAGGUUGCUCCCUUCGGAAAUUACAGGAAUUACUACGGCUAUCGUGUUGGUCAUGAUGUUGAGGAAGAUCCACGUUUCAAAGUAUUCAAGAAGGAGUGGUUUGAAGGCAAAGAUUGUCUUGACAUCGGAUGCAACAGUGGAUUGAUAACCAUUAAUAUUGCAAAGAAGUUUUACUGUAGGACUAUCCUUGGCAUCGACAUUGAUAAGGAUCGAAUAAAUGAUGCUUUGUGGCGCAUUCGGAAAACUAUAAGAGAAGAGAAGGCUGGAAAUGGAAUAGUUGUGCCGAGCAAGUCAAAGGUUGUUAAGGUUAUGAAUGAAUCGGAAGGUGAUAAAACCUGUUCCACAAGUGCAAAGGAUGAUGAGACUGAGACUUCCUCUGCGGAAAGAAAUCUUCUUGACGUUGUGUCUUUUCGGUCUGAAAAUUUUGUCACAAGUUGGAGCUCGCUUCCACUCAAACACUACGAUACCAUUGUUUGUUUGAGCGUGACAAAAUGGGUUCAUUUGAACUGGGGUGAUGAAGGAUUAAUAUCAUUAUUUGCAAAGUUUUGGAGACUCCUUAAUCCGGGUGGCAUUCUUGUCUUGGAGCCUCAACCAUGGGAUUCUUAUUACAAAAAUCGUCUUACAACCGAGGUGACGCAGAUGAAUUACAAACAUAUAGUACAUAGACCUGAUUUCUUCCAGGAGAUGCUUCUUGAUAAGAUUGGAUUCAGGACUGUUGAACAAGCAACAACGAGUGUAUCAGGGGCAACAUUGGGUUUUGAUAGACCUGUUUUAGUUUUCCGUAAAUGAAUUGCAAUGUAUUUCCAACUUUAUUCAUGUAUUUGAAAACGGCAGCUGUAAUAAUACUCUCUACCUUUUAUUCUUUUGACCAAGUUAUCAAUUGUUUACCUGAAAUGAUUAGCAGUUUUUCACGUUUGGAUUUGGCACAAAUUUAAGCUGCGUUACGUUAUGUAA